AUGAGUAGGAUCCGUAAUGAUCCAAGCUUUAAUUACCAAGGCACGUGUGAAUCAGCUGCUGACACCGUAAAUCGCUCCAACCCUGAUUCACGACGUAGUGACGCCUAUCGCAAGAAUGAUGUUCAGGUGAAGAAAACGACUGUGAAAACGACAGAAGAAGAUACUAGUGUCAGCACAGGAAACAACUGUUUUUUACAUGUGAAUAGACAUAAACUUAAUCAGUGCAAGACUUUCCAGAAAUUGACUCUAAAUGAAAGAAAGAAACUGCUGAAGGAUUACAACUUCUGCUUUAAGUGUUGUGAUUCCACAGGACAUGGUUAUGCAAGUUGUAGUGCAUUUGUGAAGUGUGACAUUUGUGGAAACAAGAAUCAUCCUACUUCUCUACACAUUGGUGAUAUGUCUACCAAGUCGGAUGUUGCACGGAGGUCAUAUCAUGGCGGGGAGAAAUCCAACAAGAUAUUGGACAUCUCAACCAGGUCACAUUACGACGGGGAGGGAUCAAAUAUGAGUUCACUCUGUACAGAACUGUGCGGCAAAAACUUUACAGGGAGAUCUUGUUCUAAGACUCUAUUAGUCAAGGUCUACCCAAUGAACCAUCCAGAAAAAUCCCUCAAUGUAUAUGCCUUGAUAGAUGACCAGAGUACUCAUACACUCGCGAGGCCUGAAUUGUUUGAUGCAUUGGAUAUUCCGAUGUCUUCAGUUACUACAUAUUCACUGAAAUCAUGUGCUGGUACCUUUCAACGAAGUGGAAGACAGGCCCUUGGACUUAUGGUGGAGUCAAAAGACAGUUCCUGUAUUUUACAGCUUCCGCUGGUUACAGAGUGUGAGCAAAUUCCAGAGGAAAAGAGUGAAAUAGCAACACCAGAAAUUGUUCAGUUUCAUUCGCACCUCAGUGGGGUAGAUAUUCCUCCUCUGGAUCCAAAGGCCCAAGUUCUAUUGUUGAUUGGUCGGGAUCUGCCAGAGGCCCAUCACAUAGAGGAUCAACGUACAGGACCACGAGGAACCCCUUUCGCUCAGAGGCUAGCUCUCGGUUGGAUCCUCAUUGGAAAUGUCUGUCUUGGAAAUCUCCAUCCACCUGCAAGCGUGAACGUCAUGAAAACUACUGUGAACCAGAGUGGACGCAUUAGUGUAUUUGACAAUUGUGAAUAUAAUAUAUCACUAAAUACUUGUAUGAAUGAUGACCCCAUUUUCAAACGUCAACAUAACGACAACGAUUUAGGACAAUCCAUUGAGGACAUCCUAUUUCUGGAGUUGAUGGAUAAAACCUUUACUAAGAACUCAGCUGGAAAUUGGACAGCACCAUUACCAUUUCGGGAGACCCGAGAAAAACUACCAAACAAUCGAUCGGUGGCACUGAAACGAGCACUGAUGCUACAAGGGAGUCUGCGACGAAAUCCAACUAAACGAGAACACUUUGUUAGUUUUAUGCAGGGCAUUUUUGACUCUGGACAUGCUGAAGUUGCACCUGCCGUUCAACCUGGACAAGAAUGUUGGUACUUGCCUAUAUUUGGGGUGUACCACCCCAAGAAAAAGGAUAAAAUACGAGUUGUGUUUGACUCUUCUUGCAAAAACGAAGGCAUUUCCCUGAACGACGUGUUAAUGCAAGGACCAGACCUGAUGAAUCGUCUGGAUGGAGUGCUCAUGAGAUUCAGAAAGGAGCCGGUUGCUGUGAUUGCAGACAUUCAGCAGAUGUUUUUCUGUUUCCAUGUGGCAGAACCUCACAGAGAGUUUCUUCGUUUCUUUUGGCAUCGAAAUAAUGAUCCGAAACAAGAAUUACAGGAGUACAGAAUGUGCGUCCAUGUUUUUGGCAACCGACCUUCUCCGGCGGUUGCCACAUAUGGACUUAGACGUUGUGUAAAAAUUGACUGUAAGGAAGAUGUUAAGCAGUUUGUUACCAGAAACUUUUAUGUUGAUGACGGGUUGGCGUCAUUUCCCAGUGUUAGUGAAGCAGUUGAUGUUCUAAAGCGAACUCAGAAAACACUCCUGGAAGCUGGAAAUUUGAAACUACACAAGAUCGCAUCAAACAGUGAAGAAGUGAUGCUACAAUUUCCGUCCGCGGAUCUUGCAAAAUCCAUGGAACAGCUUGAUCUAGAUCGAGAUGACUUACCUGUACACCACAGUUUGGGUUUAAGUUGGAACCUAGCUACAGAUACUUUUAUGUUCAAAGCCUCAGAAGAGCAGAAGCCCUUGACCAAGAGAGGACUGCUGUCCACUGUAAAUGGAUUAUUUGAUCCACUUGGAUUCAUUGCGCCCAUAAUCUUAAAUGGUAAACUGAUCAUGAGAGAAGCAUUUACUGGGAUUGAGAGUUGGGAUGAUCCCUUACCUACAGCAACUAUGAGUGCAUGGAAACUGUGGUUAGAACAAUUGACGAGACUUGAUGGUGUUCACAUCCCCCGGUGCCUACUGUCUGUAUCAUACAGCAAGUGUGUUGGCAAAAAGUUACACAUCUUUUGUGAUGCAUCUGAAAGAGCAGUAGCAGCAUGUGCUUACAUAAGGGGUAUGACUGUGGAUGAGAAGAUUUCUGUAGGGUUUGUGUCCGGCAAAUGUAAAGUUGCCCCACGAAGUGGACACACGAUUCCAAGAUUGGAACUCUGUGCUUCCGUUCUAGCUGUGGAGCUUGGUGAGAUGCUUUCAAAGGAACUGGACUUACCCUUAGAGGACAUCAUGUAUUACUCUGACAGCAAAGUGGUGCUGGGGUAUCUGUCGAAUGAGCGCCGACGUUUUUAUGUUUACGUAUGCAACCGUGUCUCCAGGAUACGCAAGAGUUCUUCUCCAUGCCAAUGGAAUUAUGUAACAACUGAUGAAAACCCUGCUGAUCAAGGAACUCGUGGACUUUUGCCAGAACAGCUAUAUGAUAGUUUGUGGUUAAAGGGACCAGACUUCCUCAAAGGAAAUACAAACCAUUUCCAAAAUGAGUCGUUUUCUUUGGUGAACCCAGAGCAGGACAGUGAAGUACGACCAGAGAUAGUGACCCUCAAGACCAUGUCAACCAAACCAACUUUAGGAACGUCACGUUUUAGUCGCUUUGGUAGUUGGUUGAGCCUUGUGCGGGCCAUCACCUUCAUCAAGGAAAGGCUCAGGAAGGAAGCAGGGAGAGUGGAUAAAACAUCUCAUCGAGAAUCGGAAAUGCUGAUCAUUAAAGAGGUUCAACAUCAAUUUUAUCAGAAAGAACUAAGUGCGCUACAUGCAGGAAGACCCCUUCCGAAAGACAGUACCAUUCUGACUCUGUCUCCUUACCUUGAUGGCAGCUUGCUGCGAGUUGGUGGACGAAUCAAAUUGUCUGACUUACCUGUGAGGGAGAAGACACCUAUCCUGAUACCUGGCAAGAGCCAUAUUGCCCGGCUAUUGGUUCGUCAUCAUCAUGAGAAAAUCUACCACCAAGGGCGUCAUCUGACGGAAGGUGCUAUACGAAGUGAAGGCCUAUGGAUCUCUGGAGGGAAACGCUUGGUGUCAUCAAUCAUCCAUCACUGUGUGACCUGCCGCAAGAUGAGAGGGAAACCACUAUGUCAGAAAAUGGCGGAUCUACCCAAAGUCCGACUUACUAAGUCACCACCCUUCACCUUUGUUGGGGUGGAUGUAUUUGGCCCCUGGAAUGUCAUCACGAGACGAACAAGAGGGGGCAGCGCACACUCAAAACGUUGGGCAGUGUUGUUUACCUGUUUGUAUAGCCGAGCAGUCCACAUCGAGGUCAUUGAGGAAAUGACCUCUUCUUCUUUCAUCAACGCCAUGAGAAGGUUUGUGGCAGUUCGUGGUACAGUCUCUGAAUUCAGAUCAGAUAGAGGGACAAAUUUUGUUGGGGCUGCUGCGGAGCUGCAGAUGAAUGUAGUGAAUGUGGAAGACCACAGCCUGAAGACAUUUCUUGCAGACAAGCGUAUUGUAUGGAGGUUUAAUCCUCCCCACGCCUCACAUUUUGGAGGCACAUGGGAAAGGAUGAUUGGCAUUGCCCGUCGCAUCCUUGAGGCAAUGCUUAUGGAUACCAAACAUGGGAAGCUGACCCAUGAGGUUUUGACAACCUUUAUGGCAGAGGUCAUGGCUAUUAUGAAUUCGAGGCCACUGGUACCUGUAUCUACUGAUGUUGAAGCACCAUUCGUUCUAUCGCCACAGAUUCUACUGACACAGAAAACCCAUGAAGUACCCAGUGAAUUCCAGGAUCUUGAUGUCAAGGACAUGUACCGAAGUCAAUGGAAAAUGGUCCAGGUCAUGGCUAACACUUUCUGGAAGCGAUGGAAAAAUGAGUUCCUUUCCACCCUACAACCUCGUCAGAAAUGGCAAGAUUCAGUGGGCAAUCUUAAAGAUGGGGAUGUCGUUCUACUACAUGAUAAAGAAAGUGCGCGCAAUGACUGGCAAGUCGGCAUCAUAAACCGUGUAUUUCCAAGUGAAUCAGACGGUCUGAUACGCAAAAUCCAAGUACGUAUACUCAAGGAAGGAAAGCCAUGCCUCUUCAUCAGACCCGCUACGGAAGUGAUUCCUUUGAUUACAGUGUAA